UUCUGCAUCGAAUUUUGAACUAUUGCAUACGUUCUUACAAAACAAAAGUUGAUUCUUUGUGUUAUUUGUUACUAACUUUGAGUUUGACAAAGUGGUACGCGUUUGAGGUACCGCUACUCUUGCGACAGGUAUAUCUGUUUUAUUCUGGGAGGAAGUAAUCCAUAACCUCAGAGAGAAGACCUAUCUUUUGGAGCCUAUUCAGUACAUGUUCAAAAGUUUGAAUUUUGCAGUUUGUGGUCAUUGAUUGCAGACAUAUUAUGGUUUCUCUUCCGCAAAAUUUCUGGGCAGCCCCUCAUUUUGCUCGUAACCCAGGCUAUAAGCCUCAGUGUAUAUCUCGAAUCACGUGCUUAGCUAGCAGGGACUCCACAUUUUUGCCUUCAGAUUCUGUCAAAGUUAAUGGUGUGUCCUCUAUUGAGGAAAAGGAGAAAAGUAUCCCUAUAGUUGAUGUGCAAAAUGAUCAUUUGGAUAAGAGCAAGGAGGAUGAAAACAAGUUGGAACCGCUUUGGGAUGAUGGAUAUGGAACUCAAACUGUUAAGGAUUAUCUUGAGAUAGGAUUGGAGAUUAUUAAGCCCGAUGGAGGUCCUCCGCGGUGGUUUACUCCCAUAUCAGCUGGUCCUCCUUUGCAAGAAUCUCCUCUCCUGCUUUUUCUGCCUGGAAUGGAUGGCACUGGCAUGGGUCUUGUUUUGCAUGAGAAGGCUCUUGGGAAAGUUUUUCAGAUUUGGUGCUUGCAUAUUCCUGUGUAUGAUCGAACACCGUUUGAUGAACUGGUGAAAUUUGUCGAGAGAACUGUGAGGUUGAAGCAUGCUUCAUCUCCAAACAAGCCAAUAUAUUUAGUUGGAGAUUCAUUUGGAGGGUGCUUGGCUCUUGCUGUUGCUGCUCAUAAUCCUAAGAUUGACCUUGUUCUGAUAUUAGCUAAUCCAGCAACUUCAUUUGGCAAGACACAACUCCAACCUCUGCUUCCUCUUCUAGAGUCUUUGCCUGAUGAAAUUCAUGUUACGGUCCCAUAUCUACUGAGCUUUGUUAUGGGUGAUCCAAUGAAGAUGGCGAUGGUUAACAUUGAUUCCAUGCUUCCUCCUGGACAAAUUAUUCAACGUCUCUCUGACAACCUCACUGGUUUGCUGGCAAACCUCUCUGGCUUAGCUGAUAUCAUACCGAAGGAAACUCUUCUCUGGAAGUUGAAGCUUCUUAGAUCUGCUUCAUCUUAUUCAAAUUCCCGCCUCCAUGCUGUUAAUGCUGAAGUACUUGUGAUUGCUAGUGGCAAGGAUAACAUGCUUCCAAGUGGAGAUGAAGCUCAGAGGCUUGCAAAUUCAUUAAGAAACUGCAAAGUACAAUACUUCAAAGACAAUGGGCAUACUAUUUUAUUGGAAGAUGGUAUUAAUCUGCUAUCCAUCAUCAAAGGUACUAGCAAAUAUCGCCGUUCGAAAAGGCACGAUUAUGUCAUGGAUUUUCUGCCUCCUAGUGAGUCAGAAUUCAAGAACGCCCUCAAGGACAAUAGAUGGUAUCUCAAUUUUACUAGUCCAGUUAUGCUGUCCACAAUGGAAAAUGGGAAAAUUUAUAAGGAGCAAAGGGGUCCCAAGAACAAGGCCCUGUGUUGUUUACCAGUUAUCACAUGGAACCUACAUGGAGUCCACAUCCCAUGCCAUGCAAUUUGUUUCUUGCUUGCAACAAAGUCACAUGUUCUGCUGUAUCCUGGUGGUGCCCGUGAGGCCUUACAUCGUAAGGGAGAAGAGUACAAGGUGAUUUGGCCUGACCAACCAGAAUUCAUCAGAAUGGCUGCAAGAUUUGGUGCGACAAUUGUGCCGUUUGGGGUUGUAGGGGAAGAUGAUAUAGCACAGUUAGUUCUCGACUAUGACGACCUAAAAAAUAUUCCUAUAUUGGGUGAUGGGAUAAGGCGUUAUAACGAACAUGCAGCCAGGAGGGGUUUAACAGUCAGGACGGACAUGGACGGGGAGGUCGCCAACCAAGCACUGUAUCUCCCGGGUGUUUUACCUAAGAUACCAGGUCGUUUUUACUACUUGUUUGGAAAACCUAUUCAUACAAAGGGAAGGAAGGACCUGGUGAAAGACAGAGAGAAAGCAAGAGAAUUGUACUUGCAGGUAAAAUCUGAAGUUCAAAAUAACAUGAAUUAUUUGCUUAAGAAAAGAGAGGAGGAUCCUUACCGAAGCGUCAUUGAUCGGACCGUGCAUAAAGCAUUUUCUGCAACGUUUAAUGAUGUCCCAACAUUUGAUUAUUAGGUGACCAGUUAGAAGUUAGAUUUAUUUUUUGGUAAAUGAUGUAUAUGUAUUCAUGGUUCAAUUAUAUGUUGUAUAAUAAUAUUUUUUGCCACUAGAUAUGUCCGAAUAUGAGCAAGUUCCCCACCAAUAAACUGUGGUUAAAUAUCAAAUCUUUAUGAUAACUUGCAUCAGUGUCUUUGAUGAAGCAGAACCAGUUUUUAGUAUAUGUUGGUCAUAUGAAAGCACAUGCCUUAUACCAUGUGAAAAUGUGUGUGGAUAGAACCAUGCAAUCAGCAGAGUCAACGAUUCACAAAUUUUAGUGCUUCUUGAUCCUGUGGGUCAUCAGAUUAAGUACCACACUUUUUAGAUUAUUAAAUGUUUGAUCCUACUUUAGUU